AUGGUCAGGAUCCGGACCAGGCAGGUCGAGAAGUGGGAGGUGCUUCUUGUACAUGACGAAGGGAUAUGGAAUGGAGUAGAACGGACAGCCUUUAUCUCGCGAGAGACGCUGGCAAUGCAGUGUCCGACGCUCGAAAGAGAGUCCUCGCUGUAUCUCAACGAGCACUCGGCGCUCUGCGCUCGCCUCUCCGCUGGAAGCUUGAUUGAAAUGUGCGAUGCCGUGGCCGAACGGCGCAUCCGAAACGGCUUUGCAGUCAUCCGGCCUCCGGGCCAUCAUGCGGAGCCGAAGCAGAGCAUGGGCUUCUGCCUAUACAACAAUGUUGCCGUUGCCAGUCGAUGGCUGCAGAACAAGUACAAGGACGGGCCGAACAAGGUGCAAAAGAUCCUCAUCCUCGAUUGGGAUGUCCAUCAUGGCAAUGGAACGCAGCUCGCUUUCGACGAGGACCCUUCGGUUCUGUACAUGUCCCUGCAUCGUCACGAUGGAGGCGAUUUCUACCCUGGUGGGCCGUUCGGUUCGAUGCACUCCGUCGGACGAGGAGCCGGCGCAGGAUAUUCCGUCAACGUUCCAUGGCCAAGCAAGGGCAUGGGAGACGGUGACUACUUGCACGCCUUUCAGCGCAUCAUCAUGCCGAUUGCGUACGAGUAUGCUCCGGAUAUGGUUAUCAUCAGCGCCGGGUUUGACGCUGCAGCGGGGGAUCCGCUCGGGGAAUGCUUUGUUUCACCGGCCGGUUAUGCGCACAUGACGCAGAUGCUCAAUGCACUAGCGGACGGGCGGCUGAUCGUGGCGCUAGAAGGGGGAUACGAAGUGAACGCGAUCGCGCAUUCAGCUGUAGCCGUUGCCAAGGUCCUCCUCGGGGGAGUCCCGUCCGAGCUUCCUGCAGGCACCGCAUGCGGACCGAUCGCUGCGAAUACAUGCCGGCAAGUUGCGCAAGUGCAGAGCAAGUAUUGGCGAUCAAUCCCGCGGGAGCAUGAAGCAGCUGAUGCCAGCAUGGAUGAGGACCUGCCCAAGGUUGAGUUACGGGAACUUGUCCGGCACUGGCGAACGCACCAUCUUUGGAACUCUUACGGCUACUCCGAUGUGCCUUUGCCGGAGGUAGGCAUCCCCAGGCCAUCUCUUGUGCGCUUGCCGGCAUCGCAGACGCAGGUCAUGUGCAACAAGGACUUGUUCGAAAAGUCAUGGGAGGCCGUCAUACUCUUUGCGCAUGACAUGGGAAACCUUCGCGUCGGUCAGCAAGAUAUCCAGACCGAAAAGACCGUUGGUGCUACCAGCUACCUUAUUGACAGCACAUUCGCGCUCUAUGAUCGGGCAAGGGAGAAGAAUUACGCUGUCGUCGAUGUCAAUUUCUUCGGUAGCUUCCCGAUCGGAUUGACGGAGCAGAAAGGUUUACAGCCACAAGCAACGGCAAAUGCUGCAACCACUUUGAGCGCAUUGGCGACGCAGACGAACGAGGAACUUCUGUAUACGUGGGACAACCUAAUCGACGUGUGCGAUACUGAGAACAUCAUCCUCGUUGGGUAUGGCCAGGCGUGCCAUGCUAUCACCAACCUGGUUGAGCAUCGAUCUGUGCGCGGACGCACCAAGGCAGUCGUUCAGAUUAUGGGCAUGUCCACGCUUCCCCUCGCACCAAGAGAUGAUGUCGACACCAAGCGGUGGUAUUACCGGAACAGCAAAGUGAUCUGCCCACAGCAUCAUCCGUUUUUCGCAUGGGGAGGACAAAAGAGGGCAUGCAAACGGCUUGGCCGCGUUGAGCGCUCCAGUGAGCUGGCACUAAUGGCAAGUUUCUCAUAA